UUGUGGUCGCCGAUUUCCUCUGCUCAAUUGUUUUUCCCUUUCAAAAUUUCUUCGAAGGGGAAUUCAGUUGAAAUUCACGAUCAUAAUCGCAUUUACAGGCCAAACAAACGCAGUGACUUUCCGACGGCGUAGAGAUUAGAAGAAGAUAACUUUCAACGACCCGUAGCCGUAUUCUCAUCGCAGUCAAUUCGUCUUUCGUAUGCGUACAUGUUCUGCCACUACUUUCCAUAUUGCGUCUGAUUCUCUCUCUCUUUCUUCAUCAUUGCCCAAGAGACGUGAUUUUUUUGGCAUUUUUCCCCAAUUGCAUCCGUAACCGUGGAGUUUCUUGGUCGAAAGUGAAUCCCAUUCUGGCUUCUCUGGUUGGGGAAUUGGGUUUCUUUGAUUGGCUUGUCUUGACAAAGGGGACUGGUUUAUCUCCUUUGUUCGCUCUUAAUAACCCAGAUUUUGAUUGUGUAUAUACCAGCGUUCGAUUCAUUUUCUUCCCCUCUUGUUUCUGAAGUCAAUUUCCCUUCUGGGUUUUCGAUUUUCUUCCCGAUUUCCAUUUCAGAAGUGUUGGUUUUAGAGUUGAUUGGAUUGUUUAUAGAACACCUGGUUUUUAAAUUUUACAAGAAGCUGGGUAUUUGGAAUCUGGUGGCUUCGGUUAAAAGUAGCCAUUGACUGCAUACGAUCCUUUAUUGCGAAGUUUUGAAAGUUUUAUCAGAUUUCUUGAGAAUUAGCUUGGUAAUUUUGAGAUUUCCUUAAUCCUGUUUUGAGUUGAUAAUUGCAAAGAUGACCAUUGACAAUCUUGCACCAAGGGAGGAGAAGAGGUCGGGCAGGAAGAAAUCUGCAGUGGAUGAGAAAUCUCCUUUGUUACCAAGUAGACAAGAUGAAGUUUCUGGGUUUAAUGAAUUUAAUGGAGCUUCCUUCAGCGGAGCGGUGUUCAAUUUAUCGACCACAAUCAUUGGUGCUGGGAUCAUGGCUUUGCCAGCUAUGGUGAAAGAGUUGGGCCUCAUUUUAGGGGUUGCCAUGAUCAUCAUCAUGGCAUUCCUUACAGAGGCUUCAAUAGAGCUCUUGCUCAGGUUUAGUCGGCCGCGGAAGUCGACUUCUUAUGGAGGUUUAAUGGGAGAUGCUUUUGGGAGAUAUGGUAAAAUCGGGUUGCAGAUAUGCGUUCUUGUCAACAACAUUGGUGUUCUUACUGUGUACAUGAUUAUUAUAGGUGAUGUGCUCUCUGGAACCACCGUGGGCGGUGUUCACCAUGCUGGUGUUCUAGAAGGAUGGUUUGGCCAACAUUGGUGGAAUGCUCGAUUUUUUGUACUUCUAUUUGUGACGCUUGGAAUUUUUGCACCAUUGGCAUGCUUUAAGCGGAUAGAUUCAUUGAGCUUUACAUCUGCCCUAUCAGUUGCACUGGCUGUGGUAUUUCUUGUCAUUACCAUCGGAAUUUCAGUUUACAAGUUGAUAGAUGGAAGCAUUAAGAUGCCCAGAUUGCUUCCUGAGAUUUUCGACAUUUCAUCAUUUUUGAAGCUAUUUACUGCUGUCCCCGUUGUGGUUACUGCCUAUGUAUGCCAUUACAAUGUUCACAACAUAAGCAAUGAACUGGAGGAUUCUUCACAGAUAAAGGCAGUUGUACGAACUUCAAUUGCUCUAUGCUCUUCUGUUUAUGUUAUGACCAGCAUCUUUGGCUAUCUCCUUUUUGGUGAAGGAACUCUCUCAGAUGUACUUGCGAAUUUUGAUGCUGACCUUGGUAUUCCCUAUGGUUCUGUGUUUAAUGAUGCUGUCCGUGUUAGCUAUGCAGCACACCUGAUGCUUGUAUUUCCAAUCGUCUUUUACCCAUUGAGGGUUAACUUGGAUGGCCUCCUCUUUCCAUCUGCUCGACCAUUGGUUCGAGACAACUUGAGAUUUUCGCUGAUCACAUUCUCGCUUAUUACUCUCCUUUUCUUGGGAGCAAAUUUCAUUCCUAGCAUCUGGGAUGUCUUCCAAUUUACUGGUGCAACUGCUGCUGUCUGCCUUGGGUUCAUAUUCCCUGCUUCUGUAGCUUUGAGGGAUUCGCACAAUAUAGCGACGAAAAAGGACAAGGUGUUGGGCAUUUUCAUGGUUGUUCUUGCAGUUUUCUCAAACAUCAUUGCCAUAUACAGUGAUGCCUACGCUUUGUUCAAAAGGGACUCCUCGCCCCGAGACUGAUUGAUCAUGCUCUGUUGCUGAUCACAAUACCUGGAAGGAAGAUCGUCGUAUAUUCUGCCAAGAAACCUUGGUUCUUGCAGAAUCAGAUGCAUUCUCUUGAUUGCAAAUUGAAGGUUUGGCUAGAACUUUUAUUUAUAAGUAAUGAGAUGAAUGUGGUGUUCUGUUGGGGUUGUUGUUUAGCGUACUGGGUGCUGUUCUCCAUGUGUAUUAUAUUCCAUUGUCUUAUUAUCUGUAAUAAACUAAACAUGAUGGAACUUUUGACACCAAUGUUGGGCACACUUAAGUUUUAGUGUGGCUACUAUUUUUGUAUUUUUGCAAAGGAGUGUGGCUAUUCAUGUUUUGUUUGUUGUCUACUA